AUGAAUGUGCUAAUGCAACCAACCCUGUUUGUGAACAAAGCUGUAGCAAUACACCCGGGAGUUAUCGAUGCUCUUGCAGAUCAGGAUACAACAUUAAUGUCACAGACCCGUCAAAAUGUGAUGACAUUAAUGAAUGUGCUAACACAACCAAUCCUGUGUGUCAACAAAUAUGUAGCAACAGUCUUGGAAGUUUCCGAUGCUCUUGUAGAAAUGGCUACACUAUUAAUAAAACAGAUCCAACGAAAUGUGACGGUUAACAACAACGAAUGUGCCAAUACAACAAACCCUGUGUGUGAACAAAACUGUACCAACACACCUGGAAGUUUUCGAUGCUCAUGUAGAUCAGGCUACAACGUUAAUUCUACGGAUGUGACCAAAUGUGCUGACAUCAAUGAAUGUUCUAACUUAACCAACCCUGUGUGUGAUCAAAUCUGUAGCAACACUCUUGGGGGUUUCCAAUGUUCUUGUAGAACCGGCUACGCCAUUAAUAGAACGAACCCCACAAAAUGUGACGAAAUUAACGAAUGUGCAAAUACUACCAACCCUGUAUGCGAACAAACCUGUACCAAUACUCCUGGUAGUUUUCUAUGCUCUUGUAGAAGUGGCUUCACCAUUAAUAAAACAGACACAACGAAAUGUGAAGACAACAACGAGUGUGCUAUUACAACAAACCCUGUAUGUGAACAAAACUGUAACAACACACCUGGAAGUUAUCAAUGUUCAUGUAGAUCAGGCUACAACAUCGAUUCAACAGAUCAGACUAAAUGUGCCGACAUCAAUGAAUGUGCUAACACAAUAAACCCUGUGUGUCAACAAACCUGUACCAACACUCCUGGGAGUUUCCGAUGCUCUUGUAGAACCGGCUACACCAUUAAUAAAAUAGACCCCACAAAAUGUGACGAAAUUAACGAAUGUGCUAACACAACCUACCCUGUGUGUGAGCAAAUCUGUACCAAUACUCCUGGUAGUUUUCAGUGCUCUUGUAGAAAAGGCUACAGCAUUAAUAAAACAGACACAGCGAAAUGUGAUGAUAUCAACGAAUGUGGUAACUUAACCAACCCUCUGUGUGAACAUGAAUGUACCAAUACAAUCGGGAGUUUUCGAUGCUCCUGUAGAUUGGGCUACAACAUCAAUUUAUUAGAUCCAACUCGGUGUGAUGACAUCAAUGAAUGUGCUUUCACAACUUUUCCUGUGUGCGAUCAAAUGUGUAGCAACACUCUUGGAAGUUUCCGAUGCUCUUGUAGAAACGGCUACUCCUUGAGUGAGACAGACCCUUCAAAAUGUGAUGAAAUUGACGAAUGUGCUAAUACAACCAAUCCUGUGUGUGCACAGAACUGUACCAAUACUCCAGGAAGUUUUCUAUGCUUUUGUAGAAACGGCUACACAAUUAAUAAAAUAGACACAUCAAAAUGUGAUGAAAUUAACGAAUGUGCUAAUACUACCAAUCCUGUGUGUGAACAGAACUGUACCAAUACUCCUGGUAGUUUUCAAUGCUCUUGUAGAACAGGCUACACUAUUAAUACAGUUGAUCCAACGAAAUGUGAUGAAACCAACGAAUGUGCUAAUACAACCAACCCUGUGUGUGAACAGAACUGUACCAAUACUCCUGGUAGUUUUCAAUGCUCUUGUAGAUCUGGCUACACCAUUAAUAAAACCGACCCAACGAAAUGUGAUGACAUUAAUGAGUGCAAAAACAUCACAUGCCCAGGCCAGCAAAUAUGUGAAAACACACCUGGAAGCUACACAUGCUCUUGUCCACAACCUGGAUUUAUCCUUGAUAGAACAGAUAAUAAAACAUGUAAAGCAUACUAUGUUCCCUGUAACUCAAACGCUACAGAAAAAUGGGGGAUGAUAACUAGCCCAAACUACCCACAUACAUAUCCAGCAUUGUCCAAUUGCUUUUGGAGAAUUCCUUCAGUACCUAAAAAAAUUACAACUAUCACGUUUUUAGAUUUGAAAAUAGAAACUGAUGAAAUCUGCCAAUAUGAUUACCUUAAAGUCUAUAAUGGGUCCUCGGAUACCGCCCCACUGCUUCAGCGUUACUGUGGUUCUUACACACCUGACCCCAUCAGCUCUAACAACGACCUGUAUUUAGUGUUUCACUCUGAUCUCGAGAGAGUCACUCAAGGAUUUCAACUAUUUUAUAGUUAUGAAAAUAAUGAAUGCGACAACCCUGUCAAUCCAUGCCAUCGGACAUGCACAAGUACGCUUGGAAACACCACAUGCUCAUGUCAAGAACCUGGGUACAUCAUUGAUAGCGUAGAUUUAACUAGAUGUAAAGCUAAUUACAUACCCUGUGGCGCAGCUGUAAGAGAUACAACCGGUUUUAUAACUAGCCCUAACUACCCACAGUACUACCCAGGUUUUUCGGAUUGUUCUUGGAUUAUACCGGCUAAACCUGAAAUGGUUACAAUUAUUACAUUUCAAGACUUUGAAUUACAAGCAUCACCGAGUUGUAAUGCAGAUUAUGUAAAGAUAUUCAACGGGACAUCAGAAAGUGAUCCACUGCUUCAAGUUUAUUGUGAUGUAGCCUUCCCUGAUUCGAUCCGUUUUACAGGCAAUCUCUAUGUAGUUUUCCAUUCAAAUAACCAGACGAACUUACGUGGGUUUAAAGCAGUAUACACCUACGAAAUGAAUCAAUGCAAGGUUCCCACCGGACCAUAUCAGGAGAAAAACUCGCUAACAACAGGCAAUUCAACAUGCUCUUGCCGACAACCUGGAUUCAUUAUUGACCCUGCAGAUUCCACUAAAUGUAAAGCAAACUACAUUCCCUGUAACACGGCGGUUACUGGGAAUACAGGUCUUAUAACUGGUCCAAUCUACCCUAUCAGUGGCAAGAGUAACUUUGAAUGCGCUUGGACUAUUCCGGCUAAACCUCAAAUGGUAACAACCAUUAGGGUUUUAGAUGUUGUAUUUGAAUCAUCUCAGAACUGCUCGUAUAGUUUUUUGACAUUUAUAAACGGUACAACAAAAAAUGAUCCAGUGCUUCAACAAUAUUGCGAUUUAGUUGUCCCUAAAGUAAUGAACUUUACCAGCAACCUGUAUUUGAUAAUCCAUUUUCAAGGAGCAUAUAAUUAUUGGGGAUUUAAAUUGGCAUACACUUACGAUUGAAUGCCUGCCGGCUAAAAUCUUCAGGGAUCUAUUUUUCACUUUUAAAAUUUCAUUCUAAGAAAAAGUGUUUGCACAUUUUAAGGGAGCAAACACAAUGGUAAAACCAAAUCAAGAGUUAUAUUAUGAUUGUUACUGUGAGAUAACAUGAGUUUCUUAAUUAAUAUCAUUCAUACAUCAAGGGUUUAUAAGUAAUUGGUUAUUAUAACUCAAUUACGUUUCUAUACAUAUUUUUUAAAUUAAAUAAUUCAGUACGUAAUCAAUAGUAGCACUUUUUAAUGCAACUACAUGUCGUAGUCAAAUAAUAAGCGCAUUUUAAGAUAUUGAAAACAUAAAAAUAUUUUUAAAUGGGUUGUGAGAAAACUUAAUACCUAAUGGUCAAAAGAUUCUGAAUUAUAUGAAUGUAUACUUUUAUG